CCACCACCAUUUCCGAACGAAAGAAAUGCAAAAUCUCUAAUUCAACAAACCACACAUCAAAUUUCCGCCAUUACAGACAACUCUCGAGCUCGCUAGCUAGCUUAGCAGGCUGCAAUUUGGUUAGUAAUAAUGGCGGCAGAAUGCACUGAAACCUCUGUUGUAAACCCUAACCCUAAUUCCUCCGCACAGAACUGGUGGCAUGAAAUCAUGCACGCAAACUCCCUGUGCUCGUGGACCACCUCCGGUAACGGCGGCGGCGGCGACGGAGACGGCGGCCUUGUUGCUUCUUCCAAUAACUUCCCGCCGUGGCAGCACUCCAGCAAUCACUCCUCGGAGUCGUCCGGCGAGGACGACGUCUCCAUUUCGAAUCAGUCCGUGCUCACCGCCGAGUCCUCCCGGCAGCUGGUGGACGGCGGCGCCGGGGCCUUAGCCGGCGAGUUGAUCGGCGAAACUACCUCCGAUCAAAACCAUCUAUGGAGUCACUUUCUCUUUGGAGGGAGCACUAGAGGAGGCAUGGAGUACAAAAGUCAUCCACAACAAGUAGUAGGAGAGGGCAUGCUCAACCUAUCAUCAUCAUCAUCAACCAACUUGGAUAUUAUGUCAAACUGCGAUGACUACUUGAAGAAAAUGGGCAGCACCGCCGCCGCCUACGAAUUCAACCUCGUCAACACCACCACGGCGGCGCUCAAAGACCCCGGCGGCUUCAUCAACCACCCAUUUGGCGGCGGCGGCCAUGAAACCCAAAGACCGCCCGCCGGGAUGCUUGAUCAUCACCAGCCGCCGCCCAUGUUCGCCGCUGGACACCCUUGCGGCCAGCAGCUGCAUGAUGUUUCAUGCAUUUGCAGUGACACCAACCAUAAUAAUAAUAAUCCUUCUAGAGAGUUGAAUGAUUUCAGUGCAUCUUUCCAGAGCUAUUUAAGCAAGCCACUUUUGGAUAUAAAUCAUGAGUAUAAACCCACUCUCAAAACCUUGCAAUACUUGUCUUCUUCUUCUUCUGCUGGUUAUGUUACUAAGAAAAACACCGCCGCCGGCCUCCGCCCUUCUCCGGUGCAGUCUAGGGCAUCAACAUGCAGCACAGUGAGCAGAAGCCAUGGAAGGGGCCAAGGGAUUCAUGGCAACGAAGGGAGGAAGAAGAAAACUGAUCAAGACAACACAGAAAAAAUGAACUCAAAAAGGCCCAAGAAUGAUAACCCGGCUUCCAAGAUGCAGGUGCCAAAAGUGAAGGUUGCGGAUAAGAUCGCGGCACUCCAACAAAUUGUGUCGCCAUUCGGAAAGACCGAUACAGCGUCUGUGCUGUGGGAAGCAAUAGGCCAUAUCAGAUUCUUGCAAGAGCAAAUACAGCUUCUCACCAACGCCUAUGCCAAGAGUAACGCAAGAAAGGAUGUGGCAUGGGGAGGGUUACUAGUGGAUGGUAGAAAAGAUGGAGGAGGAGAUGCAAAGGUGGUUGAUCUAAGGAGUAGAGGGCUAUGCUUGGUUCCCAUAUCAUACACUCCUCAAAUCUAUCGAGAGAGCAACGCAUCUGAUUACUUGAUUCCUACGUACAGAGGCUGCUUGUACGGAUGAGUAUAUUAUAUUGUUGUAUGUAUCCAUUCAUCCAACACAAACAAAUUAAAGUAGCUUAGCUAGCUAGCUGCCUAGUGAAGCAGGAGCAGAAGAAGAAGAAGAAGCAUUUCCUUUCUUUAUAUAUACAGUGUAUCAGAGUUGAUUAUGAUAUGAUUAUGCAUAUAUGCAUGAUUAGAGUUUAAGUGUUAAUUCAACAUGCAAUAUAUGGAUUUGUUUACAUAUUAA